GGCGUCAAGAUGGCGGCGGAGAGGUAGGCAGAGCCGGACGCCGCUUCUGCCGCCGCCGCCGCCGCCGCCGCCUCCGCUUCAGUCGUCUCUGGCUCUUCAAGCACUCGCUGCCCGGGAGAAGCUUUCCUGGAUUCUUGUUGCACAGCCAAAAUGGUGGAACCAGGGCAAGAUUUACUGCUUGCUGCUUUGAGUGAGAGUGGGAUCAGUCCAAAUGACCUUUUUGAUAUCGAUGGUGGAGAUAUUGGGCUUGCAACUCCAACACCUACCCCUUCGGCUCAGCAGUCGGUGCCACUUAGUACAUUAGAACUAGGUUUGGAGACAGAAGCAGCAGUUCCUGUUAAACAAGAACAAGAGACAGUACCUACUCCCGCACUGUUAAAUGUGAGGCAACAGCCUCCAUCCACAACAACAUUUGUGCUGAAUCAAAUAAAUCAGCUUCCGACCUUGGGAUCUACAAUUGUAAUGACCAAAACACCACCUGCAACAACCAACAGGCAAACCAUCACUUUAACCAAGUUUAUCCAGACAACUGCAAACACACGACCUUCAGUCUCAGCACCAGCAGUACGAAAUGCCAUGACCUCUGCUCCUUCAAAAGACCAAGUUCAACUGAAAGAUCUAUUGAAAAAUAAUAGUCUAAAUGAACUCAUGAAGCUAAAGCCACCUGCUAACAUUGCUCAGCCAGUUGCAACUGCAGCUACUGAUGUAAGUAAUGGUGCAGUGAAGAAAGAGUCUUCUAAUAAAGAAGUAGCAAGAAUAUGGAUAAAUGACAUGAAAAUGAGGAGUUUUUCUCCCACCAUGAAGGUUCCUGUCAAAGAGGAAGAUGAACCAGAGGAAGAAGAUGAAGAAGAAAUGGGCCAUGCAGAAACCUAUGCAGAGUAUAUGCCCAUAAAAUUAAAAAUUGGCCUACGUCACCCAGAUGCUGUAGUGGAAACUAGCUCUUUGUCCAGUGUUACACCUCCUGAUGUUUGGUACAAAACAUCUAUCUCUGAAGAAACCAUUGACAAUGGCUGGUUAUCUGCAUUACAGCUUGAGGCAAUUACAUAUGCAGCCCAGCAACAUGAAACAUUCCUACCUAAUGGGGAUCGUGCUGGCUUCUUAAUAGGUGAUGGUGCUGGUGUGGGUAAAGGCAGGACUAUAGCAGGAAUCAUCUAUGAAAAUUACUUGCUGAGUAGAAAACGAGCAUUAUGGUUUAGUGUUUCAAAUGACUUAAAAUAUGAUGCUGAAAGAGAUUUGAGAGAUAUUGGAGCAAAGAACAUUUUGGUCCAUUCAUUAAAUAAGUUUAAAUAUGGAAAAAUUUCUUCCAAACACAAUGGGAGUGUGAAAAAGGGUGUUAUUUUUGCUACCUAUUCUUCCCUUAUUGGUGAAAGCCAGUCUGGCGGUAAAUACAAAACUCGGUUAAAACAACUUUUGCAUUGGUGUGGUGAUGACUUCGAUGGAGUAAUAGUGUUUGAUGAAUGCCAUAAAGCCAAAAACUUAUGUCCUGUUGGUUCUUCAAAGCCAACCAAGACUGGCUUAGCAGUUUUAGAGCUUCAAAACAAAUUGCCAAAAGCCAGAGUUGUUUAUGCCAGUGCCACUGGUGCUUCUGAACCUCGCAACAUGGCCUAUAUGAACCGUCUGGGAAUAUGGGGUGAAGGAACUCCAUUUAGAGAAUUCAGUGAUUUUAUUCAAGCUGUGGAACGCAGAGGUGUUGGUGCCAUGGAAAUAGUUGCUAUGGAUAUGAAGCUUAGAGGAAUGUACAUUGCUCGUCAGCUGAGCUUUACUGGAGUGACGUUCAAAAUUGAGGAAGUUCUUCUUUCUCAGAAUUAUGUUAAAAUGUAUAACAAAGCAGUCAAGCUGUGGGUCAUCGCCAGAGAACGAUUUCAACAGGCUGCAGAACUGAUUGAUGCUGAGCAGCGCAUGAAGAAGUCCAUGUGGGGUCAGUUCUGGUCUGCUCACCAAAGGUUUUUCAAAUACUUAUGUAUAGCAUCCAAAGUUAAAAGGGUGGUGCAACUAGCCCGGGAAGAAAUCAAGAAUGGAAAAUGUGUGGUAAUUGGUCUGCAGUCUACAGGAGAAGCUAGAACUUUAGAAGCCUUGGAAGAGGGUGGAGGAGAACUAAAUGAUUUUGUGUCAACUGCCAAAGGAGUGUUGCAGUCACUCAUUGAAAAACACUUCCCUGCUCCAGACAGGAAAAAACUUUAUAGUUUGCUAGGAAUCGAUUUAACCGCUCCAAGUAACACUAGUUCACCAAGAGAUAGCCCUUGUAAAGAAAAUAAAGUAAAGAAGCGGAAAGGUGAAGAAAUAAGUCGGGAAGCCAAAAAAGCACGAAAAGUUGGUGGCCUUACUGGUAGCAGUUCUGAUGACAGUGGAAGUGAAUCUGAUGUCUCUGACAAUGAAGAAAGUGACUAUGAGAGCUCUAAAAACAUGAGCUCUGGGGACGAUGAUGAUUUCAAUCCAUUUAGAGAUGAGUCUAGUGAAGAUGAUGAAGAUGAUCCUUGGUUAAUCAGAAAAGGCCACAAGAAAAGCAAAGAUAAAAAAAAGAAGAAAAGCAUAGAUCCAGAUUCCAUUCAAAGUGCCUUAUUAGCAUCAGGUCUUGGAUCAAAGCGACCUAGUUUUUCAUCCACACCAGUUAUCUUGCCUGCUCACAACAGUGCACCAGCUAACAGUCACACCAACAGUAACAAUAGCCUUAUAACAAGUCAAGAUGCUGUGGAAAGGGCACAGCAGAUGAAAAAAGACCUGCUUGAUAAACUAGAAAAAUUAGCUGAAGACCUUCCUCCUAACACGCUGGAUGAACUUAUUGAUGAACUUGGUGGCCCAGAGAAUGUUGCUGAGAUGACAGGACGCAAGGGCCGAGUUGUGAGCAAUGAUGAUGGAAGCAUAUCUUACGAAUCAAGGUCUGAGCUUGAUGUGCCUGUAGAAAUACUAAAUAUCACAGAAAAGCAAAGGUUUAUGGAUGGAGAUAAGAAUAUUGCUAUCAUCUCAGAGGCUGCCAGUUCUGGUAUUUCAUUACAAGCAGAUAGGAGAGCUAAAAAUCAAAGGCGAAGAGUUCAUAUGACUUUAGAAUUACCGUGGAGCGCUGAUAGAGCAAUUCAGCAGUUUGGACGAACUCACAGAUCAAACCAAGUUACUGCUCCAGAGUAUGUCUUUUUGAUUUCUGAAUUGGCUGGAGAACAAAGAUUCGCAUCUAUUGUUGCUAAGAGACUUGAGAGUUUGGGAGCCCUUACGCAUGGUGACAGAAGAGCAACAGAAUCUAGGGAUCUGAGCAGAUUCAACUUUGACAAUAAGUAUGGAAGAAAUGCAUUAGAGAUUGUUAUGAAAUCCAUUGUAAACUUGGAUUCUCCUAUGGUAUCACCACCUCCAGACUAUCCUGGAGAAUUCUUUAAAGAUGUUCGACAAGGACUGAUAGGAGUAGGCCUGAUAAAUGUAGAAGAUCGCUCAGGAAUUCUUACUCUUGAUAAAGAUUAUAACAAUAUAGGAAAAUUCUUAAAUAGAAUUUUGGGUAUGGAGGUGCAUCAACAAAAUGCAUUAUUUCAGUAUUUUGCAGACACACUUACUGCAGUUGUUCAAAAUGCCAAAAAAAAUGGAAGAUAUGAUAUGGGAAUCCUCGAUCUUGGUUCUGGUGAUGAAAAGGUGAGGAAAAGUGAUGUGAAGAAGUUUCUCACUCCAGGAUAUUCAACCUCUGGCCAUGUAGAAUUAUACACAAUUAGUGUGGAGAGGGGAAUGUCUUGGGAGGAAGCAAUCAAGAUUUGGGCUGAGCUGACAGGACCAGAUGAUGGCUUUUACUUGUCACUCCAAAUAAGAAACAACAAGAAAACUGCCAUACUAGUUAAAGAAGUAAACCCUAAGAAGAAGCUUUUCUUAGUUUACCGACCAAAUACUGGGAAACAACUCAAAUUAGAAAUUUAUGCUGAUCUGAAAAAGAAAUAUAAGAAGGUAGUCUCAGAUGAUGCCUUGGUGCACUGGUUAGAGCAAUACAACUCAUCUGCAGAUACUUGUACUCAUGCUUACUGGCGUGGCAAUUGCAAAAAAGCCAGUUUAGGAUUGAUUUGUGAAAUAGGCCUUCGUUGCCGCACAUACUACGUGUUAUGUGGCUCAGUACUAAGUGUCUGGACAAAAGUAGAGGGUGUUCUUGCCUCUGUCAGUGGCACGAAUGUGAAGAUGCAGAUAGUUCGUCUAAGAACUGAAGAUGGACAACGGAUUGUAGGUUUGAUCAUUCCGGCAAAUUGUGUAUCUCCUCUAGUAAAUCUCCUAUCAACCUCAGACCAGUCCCAACAGCUUGCAGUCCAACAAAAACAGCUGUGGCAGCAGCAUCACCCACAGAGCAUCACCAACUUAAGCAACGCAUAAAGAGCAGACAGGUUUCAACAUGAAUAUAUCUGAAGUGCUGUGAGAGCAUAUCACUUGCAUAAAAAUCAGGGACAGUUUCCAAAGAAUUAUAUUUUUUUUCAGUUGUGCUCUCUCUAGUUAAUUUUUGGGGGGAAUAAGGACAAACCUGGAAUAGGUAGCAAAACUGAAACUCAGCAGUGCCGAUCGUGAUACGUAUGUCUUUCCUUUUGCUCCCCUUGGGGCUUCCUGUUCGCUUCUACUUUGGGUGAGCAGAGGGGAUGUGUGUGUGGGUGUGUGUCAGUUUGUCUGAGUUUGCUAAAUGCUACAAAACCACAGUUGGUUUAAAAUGCUUGGAACUUCCCAAACUGACUUUCCUGUUAUGUUAUACAGUGCUCAGGGUUAACGCAGUACAUCCAUGUCAUUGCUGUGGGAAUUAUUCCCAAUGCAUGUGUUUCAAGUCUAUAAAUACAGGAGAAGAUAUCUAUUAGAUUUUUUGUUGUUGUUGUUGUUGUUUUCCAACUUAAACAAUAGGUUUACUAAAGCAUGAAAUGAAAGGUUGCAUAUCAUGCGUUCAGGUUCUUUUGUAGUUUGUGUUCUGACAGUGCAUGUCUUUGAAAGCAUGCGUAAACAAGAUUAACACAGAAGUCAAAGUAUCGGAGAGAAACAUUUGUAAUGUACAGCAUUGGUUAUUGCAUUUUAUAGUGUUUAUACCUGGGUAUUGCUUUGAACCAUUCAGCUCUACUUCUCUCUUGCCCCAGGCUUCUUGUCAAACUAAUAAGUACAUACCCUUCUUUGUGAUAAAAAGUUAAUUUUAAUGUGUUAAUAGUAUUCCUAAUUUGUGCUGCAAAAAUGGCUAUAAGCCUUUUCUUAGUUACAUUUCCCUGACUUAACGAUAGUUAAGUUCACUUAGCUUCCAUUUUGCAACAAUCUUUUUUACUUCAUUAUCAGAAUCUGCUUUGUCACUCAAACCAGAAACUACUUGAGUUGUAAACUAGACAAUAAGAAAACGCGGGUUCUGCUGUUUUAUUUUUUGUUAUUGUUGUUACUCAGUAACUUGAAUAUUCUUUAAUGUGUUGUAAGACAUUGUAGAGUUUAUCUCAAGCUGUUAAAAAUGGUAAUGUACAAAUGUGAAUAGACACUUAUCUAUAACAUGGGUAAGUUUUGUUUCGCCUAUAAUAGAUGUUUAUAAAAACAAGUGAGGGGACAAUUGGUCUUUUCAUUUCUAUUUCUCCUUUCUUUUUUCUUUUUUUUUUUUUUGCUUGCACAGGUUGCACUAUUGAAAAAUUUGAGAUUGUAUAAAUCUGGUUAAAAGCUGCAAGAUACCAGAAUCUUGUAGAUGUUGAAUAAAAAUGUUAUUAUACUAA